UGAUUUGUUACCUCCCUGCAUCAUGAUGAACCGUGUGCAAGGUGGUGGAAAUAAACUGAAGAUGAUGCGGUGGCAAGGUGUGGUGUAGCAGCAUGCAACGUCUCGUUUUUCUCUAGAAAACGUGGCUCGCCUGGGUGCCAUGCGAUGAACAAAAAGUCAAAAACAAAACGGUGCCAGCCUAAUUAAUCCACGCCAUUAGUUACUGGAGCACAUGGGUGUGGGAUGUGGCGCAUGUGUAUAAAAUGCCAGCCGAGCCACACACCAAAACACCACGGCGAGGCCUGGGGCCGGAAGGGUAAGGGGAAUGGGAUAGGGUAGGAGCAACGACAUCUGUGCAGAUGGGCCGCAGGAGAUCGAAGGCGUACUCGCCAGUGCCUGUUCCCGAGGACACCGAUUGUGAGCACGGCGUUCAACUCCAUCAUGCCCUUGCGGGGUGCUGGAAUCCUCUCAUCAAAGGUGUGCUCGCUUGUAUCGGCAAGGAGGAUCUGUGCAAGUUAAAAGUUAUAAGGCUGGUCACAAUGGGGAGGAACUUAGGAGUAACAUCACACACUCCAAUACAACUUUACUUAUGUGGCACAUAUUUAAUGAAGAGAGAGGUGCUUGUGGUAACUAGCUAAGUUACCGGAACAUCACACACUCCAAGAAACAAUGAGUCUAUAACCUAAUAAAUACAUCAUUGCAUGACACUACAUAGAUGUUCCUACCCACUAUGGAGGUAGGAACAUAGUCUAGGGAAGUGUGUAAGUUACUAGCCCAUUGUGACCAGCCUAAGUGUUAGGAACAACAACCGCAUUUUCCCCAUGGCUCUCAUUAGGAUAGAUCCAACCAACAGCCGCAAUUCUAGGGAAGUAGCCAAAGCUAUAGGGCACCCCCCAUGUCCAUCAUCAUGGUUCUUGGAUCUAUCCUAAAAAUGGGAACCAUGCAGAAAAUGCGGUUGUUGUUCCCUAGCACUUUUAACUUGAGCAGAUCGUCCAUGCCGGUACCAACAAACACAGCUUUGAUGACAAAGAGGAUUCCAGUACCCCGCAAGUGCAGCAUGAUGGAGUUGAAGUAACGCCGUGUUCACAACUGGUGUCCUCUUCAUGGAAGAAGGAGCUCCAUUGGGAGCAGGUACUGCACGAAGCGAAUUGGGCCGGUUCUGAAGAUCCUUGCCGUGGUAUUCCUGCCACUGCCGUUGCUCCUAUUGCCGGUGCUUGGCAUUGUAGGGAGCCUUCUGGCUGGUAUCGGUUAUGGAGUUUUCACUCCCCUCAUGGCGACUUUUGAGGCUGUUGGCGAGGGCGUCGCAGACAAGCUCUCUCAUUGCUUUUUGUAAUGAUAUGUCACAGGAUGGUACUGCUAGCACAAUAAGGGGAGCUUGUAUGGUGGUGCGUGAUGUUACCGACUUCUGCUUCCACUCAUACUUCUCCUUCAUGGACGAGCUUUCCGAGAAAAUGGGGGAUGACGAAGCACCUAUUGACAUCAAGUUGUCUUAUCUACCGCGGAGCUUCCUCGCUGCGCUGGUUGCCGUUCCUCUGGAUGUAUUGAUGAUUACUGGGGUGGCAUUGUGGAAAAGCCCCUGCAUGUUGUUGAAAGGAUGGCAAAGACUCUGCGAGGAUCUAGUUGGGAGGGAAGGGCCUUUUCUAGAGACUGUUUGUGUCCCUUUCGCUGGUUUGGCCAUUAUAUUGUGGCCGCUUGCUGUCGUUGCAGGAGUGAUUGCAUCAUUCCUUAGCAGCUUCUUCUUUGGCCUCCAUGCUGGAUUGGUUGCUUAUCAGGAGGCUUCAUUUCAAAUGGGGCUAUCAUACAUGAUCUCUGCAGUAGCAUUGUAUGAUGAAUACACAAAUGAUCUUCUUUAUUUGAGAGAAGGUUCUUGUUUUCCAAGGCCCAAGUACCGGAAAGCGGGUUCUGCGAAGUAUGAGACCGGCCGCGACAAAGAUGAGCACAACGUUACAGCUGCAUCUGCAGAGAAGCAACAUCAAGGCCAGCGUAAGCAUAGGAGGGUUCUACACCGGUCAAAGACAUUCAUGGAAACUAUCCAACGACUAAGACCCAUUCAAAUAUGGGAUUGGCUCUUCCGAUCUUGCGAGAUAAAUGGGAGGAUAUUACUGAGCGAGGGACUGAUAAGUUCUGAAGAUAUAGAGGAAUUUAUAACCAAAGGAAAGGGAAAGAAGCUGAGCAUAAAACUACCUGCCUGGUGCAUCCUUCACUGUCUGAUACGAUCCGCGAAACACGACACACACGGUUUGCUCAUAUCUGAUGACGUUGAGGUGACCAACUUCAAUUGGCCAAAAGACAAGGUGUUCGACUGGAUGCUCGGACCGCUGCUGGUUCUGAAGGAGCCGAUGAAGAAACUGGAGCUCACUGAAGACGAGGAGCUGUGCUUGCAGAAGCUCAUCAUGACGAACGCGAACGAAAAACCAUCGGAUUGGGACGACUGUGGUUUCCCGUCAAGCGACGGCGUGAAGAGAGCUCAGCUACAGGCGAUCAUCAGAAGGUUGCAAGGGAUCGUGGCCAAUAUGUCCCGGAUACCGAGCUUCAGGAGACGGUUCAUGAGCCUGGCCAGGGCACUGUACCUGGAGGCGAUCGACGCGGGCACCAUCGACGGGUCGCGGAAGGUGGAGCGCAAGGUUAAGGCUGACAUCGCCUCCGAGAAACUUCAGAGCGGAGAUGUCGGAGAUACGAAGGGUUCAUCGAAUGGGACAUCUGUGGACGUUGACAUGGUUUGAUGUUGUUGUGCUGUGCAAACAUAUUUUUUGCUGUACCUGCUGGGACGUGCAUUAGUUGUUUUAGACGUUGGUACACGGAUCACGCAACGCGGGAACACGAUGGAUGGCUGUGCCUGCUGGGGUCAGAUUGCUCUGUUUCUUUUUGUUCUGUCUGCGGGUUCGGGGUAGAAAUGGUGAAAGCUGAGAGCGAGUGAAUGUGCCUUCGCCGUUGGGUAACCAAGCGAGGUUUGUUUCAUUU